AUGAAGCAUAAUAAUAAUCAAACUUUAAUGCGUUCAGAUAUUCUCAAAAAAUUAUUUCAAAAAUUUGAUGAAGAAAAAUUUAAAAAAGAAAUUAAAAAGGAAAAUGAUUAUUCUACAGAAACAGAAGAAGAAAAUGGACUUAUUUGUUUACAUAUAAUUAAUAAUGAUUUAAGCCCUUUACAAAAUAAAAACAAAAUUAAAUGGCUUUUUGACGUCCAAAGGUUAUUUAGUAUUCAAUUACCCAAAAUGCCUAGAGAAUAUGUUGUCAGAAUUGUUUUUGAUAAAUCUCACAAAAAUUUAAUUAUUUACAAGAAGGAUAAAGGGGUUAUAGCUGGAAUUUGUUAUCGGUUGUUCCAAGAACAGGGAUUUGCUGAAAUUGUUUUUUGUGCUGUGACGGCUGAUGAACAGGUCAAAGGUUAUGGGACACAUAUGAUGAAUCAUUUAAAAGAUUAUAUGGUCGGGAAAUUGGGAAUCUUUCAUUUAUUAACUUAUGCAGACGAAUUUGCUAUUGGAUAUUUUAUUAAACAAGAUUUUAUUACCGAAUUUGCUUUACCUUCUUCGAGAUAUAAAGGGUAUAUAAAGGAUUAUCAAGGGGCGACUUUAAUGUAUUGCCAAUUACAUCCAAAAUUAAUUUAUAUAAAAUCCAAACAAAUUUAUUUUAAUAUGAAAAAAUUUUAUUCUUUUGCAUUGAAAGAAUCUUUUCCAAAUUUUGGACUUCAAUUUGAAGGAUUAAAACAAUUUUUUGAAAAAAAUGGUUUUUUUGGAUUAAUUUUUUUAAAUUCUCAAAAAUUUUUAGGGGGCCAGCCACUUUGUUUAGAACAAAUUAAGGGAACUGAAAGUCUUUCAAAUAUUGAGGAAUUGAAAAAAAUUGAGGAGGAACAGACAAAAUAUCAACAGACAGAAACUUUACAAAAAAAUUUUCGAUUAAUUUUACAAAAAUUAAAAGAAGACAAAAAUUCUUGGCCUUUCAGAGAAUCUGUGGAUGUUGAUUCAGUUCCAGAUUAUCACAAUAUAAUUAAUUUUCCAAUUGAUUUGGGUAUAAUUUCUCAAAAAUUCAAAAAUGGUUAUUAUACUUGUGAAAGAAUGUUAAUUGCUGAUUUAAAAAGAAUGUUUUUUAAUUGUUACAAAUUUAAUGCCCCAGACUCUCCCUAUUAUUAUCACGGAUAUAAAUUAAAUGAAAUUUGUUUAAAAUUAUGCAAACAAUACUUUCCUCAUUCAAGAUUACAACCAACAUUACCUGAAAAUAAACCUAAAUUUGUUGUUUCUGUAAAAAAAUGA